UUAGAAAAUUCACUUAAAAUAAUUUACAAUAAAUAGUUUACAAAUUUGAAUAAUUUAGGCAGUUUAUUUUAAUGGGUCACUAUCCAUUACAACUGGUGAUAAUCAAAACAACAAAAGAAGAUGAUGUAAUGAAAAAGCUAAUUUAUUUCAGUGAUUUUAUUCAAAAAAUGAAACUGAUAUUCUACAUGGGCCCAUACACAGAGGGUGGCAUAUCUUCACUGUUUAUUGUUUUAUAUUAGACUUAUUAUACUGGUUUACUAAUCCAACAAAAAAGAAAUUACUUCAAGAAAAAAUGUUUAUAUACAAAGUUAGUCCAUUGCAAAGUAUGUCCAUGGUUAUGUGAGCUUGCAUACGUUUUAUUAAUACAUUUUCCUUCCAGUCAACUUUCCAUCAACAUGCUGCGAUGCAGCACUUUGAACAUCCGGGUUUCAGCUUCCUUUACCAGUUUACCCACUAUGGGGGGCAGCAUCAGUGACUGCUGGUGGACAGCUGUCAGCAUCAGCUGGUUGUGUAGACUAGAGAAAACCUUUUGUUUUAGAAAUCCUUUCAUAAUUGCACUGAAAUUAUGAAACAAAGAAACAGUUUAUAAGCAAUAGCAAUAUUCAGAGAUAAGUAUUUUCUAUUCUAUGAGUAAUAAAUAUCUAUAUUUUUGUACGUUUUCACUUUUCCACUCGAGUGGCUUUUGUUUUCCAGUUGGUAACAAAUAAAAACUGGUUUCAUUUCAUUAUUCUCAUCAAAGUGCCUGGAAAUGUGGUUCAGUUUAGUUGACUUUUAUUGACAUUUUUUAUUUUUUAUUUUAUUCUGAAUCUUUAGUGAUUUAAUAUCCAAGCUUUAAUUUUGAUUUUUAGGUGUAGGAUUUUUAAUUUGACUGGAAAACAAAGAUAUUCUUCUUAGUGGACCAGAUUUCUCUUUGACUAACACUGAAAAUGUUCAAAGUGGUCAGACAUUGAGGAGGUAGUUUACUAUGAGCUUUGAUUAUUUAUGUUGACUGAGUGCUUUACGUGAAGGUGUCGAUGAAUCAGACCUUUAUGGUUUCAGUAUUCAUUUUUAAUUCUCACGUGACUGAAGUAAUAUCUACUGUUGCAGUGAAACUGAUGCACAGCAUUUCCUUUGUGGUUCAACACAGUAUGGAUGGAUCAACAUAAGAAAAGCAAUUCAGUUUUAGAAACUUAGGGUUGCACUAAUAAAUGUGUGCAAGUUACUGAUUUUUAUUUUUCUGUGACUUUAAAAAGGACAGACAGCCCCAUUGGGAUGUCAUUUAGUUUUACUCUAUGUUGAUUCACAUGUUUAGCUUUUAUAAGGACCCCUUAUCUUUCUGCCCUCUAUUUUUUUUAUUUAUUUGUGUUUUGAAUAAUAAUUUCUGUUGCAUCAACUUUUUUUCCCAUCAGUUUGGUUUCAUGGUUUUUUGUAGCUGCAAAUGUUUUGACUCCAAUUUGUUUCUCAUGCCUUAGUUGUUUUUGCAUUGCUGUAUAAAUUAAUGUUUUUUGAGACACUAACUCCUGUAUUUCUGAUCAGUUUGUCGAAGCUGUUUAAAGGUCAUACUGAGUGAUUUUAUGUAAUUUUCUUAUUUUUUGCCUCCUUUAAGAUUUGUGCACUCUCAUUUCUUUAUAUUUUGUCAGCUUUUCUGUCAUCUUAUUGAAUUUCUUAAAUUAAAAUGUUUCCAUGACCCAGGGGCUCCUCUGUCUGGUACCGAUAUGUAACCAAACCAUGCACAUGUUGUUGGGAUAUAUUUAUAGAAUUAGUGCCUUAAUGUAUGUUGUUGUAUGUUGAUUAAAAUCUAGUAUAAAAAAAACCCCAAAACAAAACAUACUGUGUUUAACGCAUGGUGUCAGUUUGCAGUGUUUCAUUCUGGAUAACAAAAGGUUAAACAUGAGCCAUAUGCUUCUCUUCUGGGUUGUCUGACAGUCUUGAUGUGAUUUCACCAUUUUUCCAAACAAUACUUCAUGUUUUGCAAUGGAUACAGCUUCAUUUUUCCUUCUAUAAACGUAAAACUUUAGUGACUGUACAAAAAGCUCCAGUUUUAUCUGACUUAUCUAAAGUGGUGGUUUUAAACCCUGUUUUGACAGUUCACCACCGUGGUAAAUAGUAGGAUUCACAGACUUUUUAAGGAAGUUUCAAAAAUGUAUCUUUAACCUGUAUUGACCUUCCAAAAAGUUGCACUUCUGCUAUGUUAGUCCAUAAAAUAUUUUUCUUUAGGGUUUCUUCAAGUUGUUUUGGGGAAUUAGGAGUUGAGCUUUAGCUUUGUUUUUGGUCAGAUUCAGGAGUGAGUUUCACUAUUUAUGCCACCUCCAGGUCUCCUUCUUAUUACAUCGAGCUCUUUCUCCUGUUGGAUGAAUAGUCAGUGUGUGGGUUCACCGCUCUUCCAUUCUUUCUCCAUUUGUGCUUAAUGUCUCUGAAUUAUUCUCAUAAUUUGAGAAUAAUCAAAUUAUUUACAAAUUGCCAGGCACUGCCAUACCACAGUUUCACAUAUUAUGUAAUGUUGAAAACUGCAUUUUGCUUUUCUGCUUACAUCUUCACAAAGGUUUGUUGAGUAAAUACUACUUUUUUAUGUCCACCCACUGCUCGCCUUGAGGCAAAAUAAAGGCUUAAGGUGUUUUUUUUUUUUUCAUGUUGCUGUGCGAAGAUGAGUUGAAUUCAUUUAUCACAGAGACAAUACAGGUAAUCCAGAGCUGGACAGGUGAGUGCAGCUAUUGAUAAAAAUCUACUAAUGGAUAGAAGCCCAUUUUUGCCACUUGAAGAAAAAAAGUCGUAGCAUAUGCUGUAAUAGCUAAUAAAUAUCAGAUUGUCAUUUUGACUUCAAAAAAGGUAAAGAGUUCACUCAAGUUUAUGAGAUUAAAAUCAAUAAUUUUAAUGUUGUAAAAUUAAUUGAACUUUAUACCCAGACCUGUCCAAAAUGUACCAGUAUCCUUAAUUGUAAAAUUCUAAGUGAAAGGUAAACUUUUUUUUAGACUAAUUCAACUUUGUAUCUCAUGUUUAUAACAUCAGGAGUCAGAAUUUAGAGUGCAAAAAAUUUAGAGUGCGAUUUGUAAAGUCUUCAAUCAUAUUUUCAACUUUCAGAGUUCCCAAUGUGACCACAUUUGUGACUGACAUUGUGUUUUAAUGCUGGGUUUGUUUGGCAUGAAUGAGCUUCCAUACCCGGUACCAUUCAGAGCAUCAAAAGCGGACUGUAAAAAUACAUUAGGUCCGGGAGAAUCGUUUUGGUUGCUCUCAUAAAGUCAGCCACAGUAAGAUGGCAGGUUAAAGCAGCGAAAAGAAGCGAGCCAGCACUGCGGCCAGGACGGAUGGACAAUGACCCAACAGAAGCAGCGCAGGGCGGGGAUGCCGCACCUUCCGCUGACCGCAGAUAACUUCUUUGAAUUAACUUCUGAACUCCGGUAAUGACAAGAACUGACGAGAAAUACUCUAAAAUAGGUACUGAAACCGCGAGGUAAGCAAAUACAGUCAAACUGUGCAGGUUUACAGCAGCUCUACAUGUAGAGAGAUGAAGAAAAGUUCACUUAGAAAUAAAAAUAAUAAUAAUACUGCGCUAAGACACCAGCUUUAAAUUCAAAUCUUAAUCAUGUCUAUGCAUACCGACUCAUCUGGUCUCCACCUGCAGAGCAAUGCACCUCCUGCAGCGGAUGUGGCCGUGAUCAUCCGUCUCUGGUCCCGCCUGCUGAUCAGCCAUCCCUCCCACCAGCUCCGCGAGUACCGGUCCAGUACCAGUUCACCCAGUCCAGAGGACGGCGCAGAGGAGGAGAGCUGCUGACAGCCAUCAGUUAAUUAACACACUUACGAAAACUCGUCUCAAACCCCCUGGAUGCUGAUCGACUUCAGCGUGAAUCAGUUGAAUUCGUCUUCACAGACUGAAUAACAAAGCUGAUGUUCUCCUGCGCUAGAAGCUGACAGUGAUCUCCAGACAUGAGACCCGCCUUAAGGGUGAACUUCAACACUCUGAUUUUCCUGGUGCUCCUGCAGGGGGCAGCAGUGGUGAUGUUCUGCAACUGGUACUACCAGCUCUGCCCUUGUGACUCUCCUCCUGUGGACCGCAAAGUUCACGUCUUGCUGCUGUCGUCAUGGCGAUCGGGUUCAUCCUUCCUGGGUCAGGUGUUUAGCCAGCACCCGUCUGUUUUCUAUCUCAUGGAGCCCGCGUGGCACGCGUGGAGCACAAUGAGGACUUCUGGUGCGCAUACUCUCCGGAUGGCUGUGAGGGAUCUAAUGCGGAGCGUGUUCCAGUGUGACUUCUCCGUGAUGGAUUCCUACAUGCCAAAAAAUCGCAAGACCUCCUCCCUCUUUAUGUGGUAUCAGAGUCGGGCACUGUGCUCGCCGCCAGUCUGUUCUGUCACACCGUUUGGUCAGAUAAGCAGCAUGAAAGAGUGCCAAAAGGAAUGCCACGGUUUAGAUUUUGAGAAGGUGACAAAUUCCUGCCAGAUUUACAGCCAUGUGGUUUUAAAAGAAACUAGAUUUUUUGAGCUGGAAUCCCUUUACCCUCUUUUUCAAGACCCCAAUCUUGACCUGCGCAUUGUUCAUCUUAUCCGAGAUCCUCGGGCCGUGUACAGGUCCAGAGAGGAGUCAGCUUUAUCCUUUAAGAUGGACAAUACCAUCGUCUUGGAGCACAGAGACGCACCAGCAGCUGAGGAGCAGUUUCAAGUCAUGAAGAAAAUCUGCCAGAGUCACAUCCAGAUCAACAAAACAGCCACCCAGGACCCUCCUCCGUUCCUCAAGGGUCGCUACAAGCUGGUUCGCUAUGAAGAUGUGACACGCUUCCCGCUUCAGGAGAUCAGUGAUAUUUAUGACUUUGUAGGUUUAAAGAUGACCAAAGAGAUGGAGGAAUGGAUAGUUAAGAUGACCCACGGAAGGGGGAAAGGCAACUUGAAUGAUGCUUUCGAGGUUAUCUCCAGAAACGCUGCCCAAGUGUCCCAGGCUUGGCGCACCAGAGUGCCGCACAACAAGGUCAAACGCAUUCAGGAAGUGUGUAAAGAGGCCAUGUCAAUGCUCCACUACAAGGCAGUCAGCAGUGAAGAAGAGCAGAAGAGACUUGACAUGGAUCUGUACAUGCCAGAAGGACCGAAAGGCUUUGCUUGGGCAUCGGGUAAAAUACGGAGGCGUUAAGACAUUCAAAGGUCUACCGGGGUGCUUCAGGUUCCUCUGGAAACUACAAACAUGAACAAUCCAACACAGAUUUCUUGAUCUGUAAUAUGGGCAUUGCUCAAACUGGCAUCAUAAUGGUUUCGAUAGCGACAUUUACUGUCCUACAGACCUCACAGUGAUUAUUUGUUAAAGAGAUUUAAAUGUAGAGCGAGAGUACAGUGGUAAUCUGUGCUGUGAAAAAGACAAGGUCACGCAAAGGACAGGCAUCAAACAAAGUAGGUGAAUUCAGCUGCAGCUUUGUUUCGAGGAAACAUUUUUUAGAAAUGAAUGAUCAAUUAAAUCCCAUCUGGUGUUGGAACAAAGCAUUCUUUGCAAAACAUUUGAAUAGAUAGUAGAUGGUUUUUUUGUCCGUUAUUAGUUUUCAUAAAUAGCAGUUUAAUUCAUGAAAUAGACAACAAGAGGUUGGCACAGUGAUUGUGUUACACAUCUAUAGGAAGUGUCUCUGAUUCUGUUUAUCGAACUGUGCCGCCAUUUUGUCCCUUAAUUGUGCUUCUAUAUUACACCUACAUCAUGAGAAGUGAGGUAAUUUUCAUUGUGAUGAAUUAUUUACCUGAAUUAUGAAUACUUUUAUCAGCUCCUAAUUGGAUUAUUGCACAGAAAUUAGCCGGGUCACUCCUUCUAUUAGUUGACAGCUGCUUCCCUCCACUGAUGCUUGCACAACAAUAUGGGAGUUAAGAGAAAUUGAUCUGUUCUCCUUGUAGAAUUUAGUGCAUGAAUGUCUCUGUGUUGCCCUGUGAUGGACUAGUGACCUGUCCAGGUUGACCCCGCCUCUGACCCGUUGACCUCUGGAGCUGGGCACCAGCACCCCAGUCGACCCCAAGGCUUGUAAGGUAGCAUAGAUGGAUGGAUUAUCAUAAUGCAAUAAGAUUUUAUCACAAGUUUCUUCACCACCUUGGCUCAUUUCAGGCAGACUGGGAUUUUCAAAUGGUGUUUUAAAUUCUUUAGUAGGGUGUUAGUUUUGUAAGGUCGCCUAGUAACUGAGGGAAUAUUUCCCCUCACAUGAUAAUUAAGUGCAUAAAUGUUUGUUUUAUGAAUGAAGGGCUUUUCUGUGUUCUGUAUUUCACUGGAUGGCCUGAUUGAAUUAUUCUGUUUAAGAAGGUGUCUUCUGUUGCAGUUUAAAUAUUUAUAUUAUAAUGUGCAAUUGUCAGGAAGUAUUUAUUAUUGUUAUUAUUACAGGCUUGUAAUAAUAGCAAAUGGUCUUUAGAGGCUCUUAGACUGUAAUUUAAAAAUGGGACUUGUUAAAACAGUCGCUCAUCUAUGAGAUAUAAAUGUUUUUCCAAAGAUACGAAUAAUUCGGUCCUAAAGCGUGGCUACUUUGAAUUGGCAAAUUCUUAAAUUGUGAUUUGUGAGUAUAUGAAUUAAGGUUAUUAGUAAUUUAACUACCUUUUUUUUUGUUUGUUUUGCUUUUGUUCUACAUCUACAGAUGGUAGAUGUAGAACCUUCAUGCAGUCUGUAGACGUAUUAAAUAAAAUGUAUUUUAAUUUAAUUUAACUGUAUUCUUUAUAGUCA